CUAGGGUUUCCUCCCACCACUCCUUCCCCUCCAACCCCAACACCCGGCGGCGUCGAGCGGCGGCGAUGACGACGAGCCUGAAGAAGAACCGGAAGAAGCGCGGUCACGUGUCGGCGGGGCACGGCCGCAUCGGCAAGCACCGGAAGCACCCUGGAGGUCGCGGUAACGCCGGAGGCAUGCACCACCACCGCAUCCUCUUCGACAAGUACCACCCGGGCUACUUCGGCAAGGUCGGCAUGCGCUACUUCCACAAGCUCCGCAACAAGUUCUACUGCCCCUCGGUCAACGUCGAGCGGCUCUGGUCGAUGGUGCCCGCCGACAAGGUCGCCGAGGCGGCCGGUGGCGACAAGGCCCCGCUCCUGGACGUGACGCAGUUCGGCUACUUCAAGGUGCUCGGCAAGGGGAUGCUGCCGCCCAAGCCCAUCGUCGUCAAGGCCAAGCUCAUCUCCAAGGUCGCCGAGAAGAAGAUCAAGGCUGCUGGAGGCGCCGUCCUGCUCACCGCAUAGGUCUUCUUUUUUUGUAUCUUGUUUCACCUAUCUGUGCUAAGAAAAUUUCUAAAUUUUUCGUGGAUCAUGUGUUGUGAGUUAUGAGACCCCAAUUUUUGUGCUCUUGGUAACGAAUGCGAAUUCAACUCCCUGAAAUAUUUCAGAUAUACUGUCGCCCCAUGUUUCUUGCUGCAAGCUAUGAUUCCUGUAGUUGAUACUGAUAUUUCAUCUCGGUUA